UUUAAAACGUGUUUCCGCAUAAGUUUUCACAUACUGAUAAGAGAUUCAUGAAGUUACACAUAUUGACACGGUUCAUCUUACUACAGAAAUUCUUUCAUCAACAGGAUUUCGUUAGAAAUUAAAAAAAAUAUUUGAGAUUACUGCCAAGUAAAGGACAAUGUCUUCAGAAGGAUCUAUAGUACCGCUACACGAGUUUCACGCGUUUGUUGUGCGAUGUAUGAAGGCGGUUGGAAUCUCGGAGGAGCAUGGGUCGGCCUUGGCGGAUCUCCUGGUUUCAGCUGACUAUCGAGGCCACUACAGUCAUGGUUUAAACAGAUUAGAUAUGUAUCUCACCGACGUGAAAACAAAGACAACUGUUGCGUCGGGAAGUCCAGAAAUUGUUAAAGAAACCGUAGCAACUGCUGUGGUAGAAGGAAACAAUAUACUCGGUCCAGUCAUCGGCAGGUAUUGCAUGGACCUUGCAAUAAAGAAAGCAAAGGAAGCUGGUGUCGGUUGGGUCUCGGCAAGAGGUUCUAAUCAUUUUGGUAUAGCAGGGUGGUAUGGCCUACAUGCGCUAAAACAUGGAAUGAUUGGCAUGGCGUUUACAAAUACUUCUCCAUUGCUGGUUCCAACAAGAGCCAAACAGGAAGUGUUGGGUACCAAUCCAAUUUGUGUUGCCGCGCCAGCCAUAAACGGUGACAGUUUUGUGUUAGAUAUGGCAACUACUGCCGUUGCUUUAGGGAAGAUAGAAUUAGCCGAUCGGAAAGACCAGCCAAUACCAACAGGGUGGGCAGUGGACAAAGAUGGGCAACCUACCACAGACCCUAAAAAUGCAUCAGGACUAAGUCCUCUAGGAGGAGCAGAAAAUACAUCCGGGUACAAGGGUUAUGGGUUGUCAAUGAUGGUGGAGAUUUUCUGCGGUAUACUUUCUGGUUCAAAUUACGCUCACCAUGUAAGGAAAUGGAAAGAAUCUCACAGACAAGCUAACCUGGGGCAAUGUUUCGUUGCAGUAGAUCCUAACGCAUUUGCGCCAGGAUUUUCAGAGAGAUUAAGCGAUCUCAUGGACCACUGCAGGGGUCUGGAACCUGCUGAUGGUGAAUCGGAAGUGCUCGUUGCAGGCGAUCCAGAAAGAAAGCACAUGGAGAAAUGUGACAAGCAGGGUGGAAUUCUGUACCAUCCAAACCAAAUAAAAAAUGCUAACGAUAUAGCUGCUUCGUUAAGAAUUGAGCCCAUGAAGACCAUAUAGAAAUCUCGAUUAGAAGUAUUUCACCAUCCGGUUGUCAUGACGUACAGAAAACCCUACAUGUGUUUGUGUAUUUUUUGUAUACAGACUAUUAAAAUAGGAGUAUGAAGCUAUUUGAUAGCUUUCCUAACUAGAGAAAAGAGCGGUAUUAUAAAGGGAAGUAAUCAAUUUACUUUGAAUCAGGAUCAGGAUAACAUCCAAUUUUCAUCACGGCAGUUAAGCUAUUUGCUCAGUGAUUCUCAGUGAAUGGGGAAUUUGAAACAUGUUUUAUAUGCCCGUUUUGGAAAAACGGGACGUAUUAUGUGAUGGCGUGUGAGUCUGUCCGUACAUCAUAAUUCGUGUCCGGAACAUAACUUUAUAACCAUUAAAGGCUCAUAAUGUGGCUGCCACAUUUUCAGUUAUGAACAUGAAAUACAUUAAUUUCUGACUUGUUAAAUCCUAUUUCUGAUAAUUAGUUUCUUUAACAUUUGUCAAAGGUUUGAAUAUUGCUGAAUUUACCAGAAUGUUUUAUUGAA